GGAUUUGAUUGAUUUCGAUUGUUGCGUUUGUUGCCGUUUGUUUUGCUUGGUUUUGUCGAUUGAAGUUGAAUUUAUUUGCUUUUAAUUAAGGAAAUAAAUGUAGGAGAUAGUUAUUUUAAAAUGGCUUAUAAAACGUUUCACAAAGACAAAUAUUAUAUUACUUUUAAAAGGGGUUUUGAAGACUGCAGGAAAGAUGUAACUGUAACAAUUGACAAACUUUUUGAAACGGAUACUCUGCGAAUAUCUUUAUCCGACGACGAAGACCCCUUGUUUUUAUGUGUGCUGACUAUAACACGCUUGGACUAUGAAGAUUUGAAAAAACAACAAGGCCUUCUGGUGGAUUUUGAUAAUUUCCCAUCACAACUGGUUAGACUGCUUCAGCAAUGUGCUUCAAACAACAUGUUCUUGAUAAUGCAACAGAAAAACCCAGUACAGUAUUAUUUGGAAGUAGUAGAGCAUAAUGAAUUUAAAAGACUAGUGCAUUUAUCAUUGAAGACUGGCCCUGCUACAGAUGUGGAUAUCAAACAACACAUGGCUGACACUAUCAUUAGCUUGAAGAAAAGUUUAUCUUCAUAUAAAAGUUCUGCAAUGAGUAAUGAGGCAGUAUUAAAUGAGAAGUGUUUGAAUAUGGAACGAAAGAUUCAUGAUCUGACACAUACUCUUACAAGAAUGGAAGAGGACAAGUUGAAAUAUGAGAUAGAAUUUAGAGAAACUUUGAAACAAGAGAGAGAAAAUAUGACUAAGGAUAAAAUGCUAUGGCAACAAAAUGCUGAACUAAAUCUGAAGACACAGCUUGCCUCAUAUCAGGAAAAUCUCACCAAAAAAGACAAGCAAACAGAAGAAAUUAACUCUCGUUGCAAACAAUUGCGUGAUAACAUUGAUCGGUUAGAAAAUCAAUUAAGUGAAAAAAUUCAGUGCUUGAACAUGUUAGAAAAAGAAGUUCAAAAGACGCAUAUUGAAGUAGCUACACUAAAAGCUAAAAAUGCUUCAUUAGAAAAGGAUUUAUUAGAGAAAGAUAAACAGUAUCAACAGUUAAAUUCCAAAUGUGUUUAUUUAGAAAAGACAUUGAAAGACAACACAGAAGUUAUAAAGGACUUGAAUAAUUCUCUGCAGAUUGCCAAAAAAGAAAAGUCUAGUCUAGAGGAACGAUUGGCAUUGAGUGAGUCACUUGUUAAAAGAAAUAAUGAUGCUGUUCAGUCAACAUCAGAGCAGCUUCUCAAGGCUAACCAAAUCAUAUCAAAACAAAAUACUGACCUCAUUGAAAUGAAGGAAAAGUUGUUAUGCAGAACUGCUAUAGCAUUAGAACAGGAGAAAGUAAUUGAACGCAAUACAAAGGAAUUAGAAGAAUGGAAGGAAAAAUUCAAUAACACUAACCAGUGCAUGGACAAACUACAAAGUGAACUGCAUGAUUUAAAGGAAAAGUCUGAAGCAAAUGAAAAAGCUCUCAAAGAGAAAGAUGAAACUAUCAAGAAUAAUAAUAUGGUUAUUCAAUGGCUUCAUAAAAAAUUGGAUAAUGUAGAGCCAACAGAUUCAGCACCAAACAAACGCCUCGGCUUUCAAACUGCAACUAGUUCGACGCCAUACUUUAUUUCUAGAAAUAAUAACCAUACUGAGUCAUCUCAGGGCUUGACUGAAGAAUCUAUUGACUUCUAUGGGACAUCCAAAUCAGCAUCAAAUUUAGAAGAAUCUCCAGGACCAGCAAUGCAGGAAAGAGUUACCAAAGUUGGACUUGACCCAAAGUAUUUACAGCCAUCUGAAACAAAAAAUCAAACUGGAAAAGAUACGAAAACCAAGUCCAGCAAUCCGCCAAGUCAAACAGGCAAGGAAAAUAUGAAUACUAAUCUACCUAAAGUGAACUACAGGGAAAAGAAAUCCACACGAGGAUCAACAUAUCGAGCAACACCUGUCUCCGCUUAUUUCCCAUAAUUUUGACUAUUCUACAUUCCAUAGCUAAUGUAUAGUUAUUCCCUUGUCAAAUGUGCAAUAAAUGAAGUUGUUUCCAUUA